UGUCGGUCUGACCGCGACCUGAUGCGCUUCAAAAACCGUGCCCCGAAAAGACGCGGCCUCGAUGAGCGGGCUCCGCCGAUCCCCGCCACCCUGGUCCCGUUACGACGGGCUUAAUUGAGAACGACCGUCCCGCGUGGCAGGAUCACAGCCGCCGAUCACGACCUCGAUCCAUCGCAAUUUGCGCAUGUAAUCACGCGAACGCCACCGUCCCCCUGAAAUGUGCGGCCGGCGCAGUGAAGCCACCAACGCAACCCUUCCUCUUUUGCUUGGAAAGCAAAGCCAUGAACAGCUAAAAGAUUCAUAAAGACCGUCUGUGUUCGUUCCUGAGCAAAUCCAAUGCUUGUUCGGAUGUCUCUCGCACUGCACCGACGAUGCAGAGUCCGCUGUUUAAGGAGUACUUGUCGAAAAGCUCGAGUCUCCUCCGUCAGCAACCACGCCUCUGUUCCUCGUCUUCCUCGCUAAAGUCCAAAACUGGCAACGAAAGCAGCACCAGGUGGCAUAAUCCCUUCGAUAGCAUCCAAAACUCCUGCUCCCUUACUUUUCCUCCCCCCUUCCCGCUCUCUCUCUCGCUCUCUCUCGCCUUUCUGUGAGGUGGUGUUGGCGGUGGUGGUGGUGAUGAUGAGCGGUACGGAGCCUUCCUCUCCCUCUUCUGCUAGGACUUCCAAGGGCCUUAUGACUCGCCGCUCCUCCAAGCCCUCGCUCUUCUCCGACGGCCUCGUCUUCGCGGGUGGAGCCGGCGUCGCCCUCCUCGUCUUCUGGGUCGUCUCGACCUUCUUCUCCGCUGUCACCGUUGUAGACCCUUCCGCUUUCCCCUUCUCCGUCUCCUCUUCUGCGGCCUUCCCUGACCUCCACGAUCGCGACCCUCCCGGCGCCACCUUCUACGACGACCCUUCCGUCUCGUACACCAUCGACCGCCCGCUCACCGGCUGGGACGCGAAGCGCCGAGACUGGCUUCGCCUGCACCCGGCCUUUGGCGGGUACGGUCGCGAGCGAGUGCUCAUGGUGACCGGGUCCCAGCCGGGCCCCUGCCGCAACCCGGUGGGCGACCACCUCCUCCUGCGCUUUUUUAAGAACAAGGUCGAUUACUGCCGCCGCCACGGCAUCGAACUUUUCUACAACACCGCCCUCCUCCACCCGGCCAUGAACACGUUCUGGGCGAAGCUCCCCAUGGUCCGCGCCGCCAUGCUCGCCCACCCGGAGGCGGACUGGGUGUGGUGGGUAGACUCCGACGCCGCCUUCACCGACAUGGACUUCGAGCUUCCCCUGGAUCGCUACCGGGAUCACAACCUGGUGGUUCACGGUUGGCCCCGCCUGGUGUACGAAGCCCGCAGCUGGGUCAGCCUCAACGCCGGCGUCUUCCUCAUCCGCAACUGCCAGUGGUCGCUCGACUUCAUGGCGGUGUGGGCGGCUACGGGCCCCAUGUCCCCGGACUACGACCGGUGGGGCCAACUCCAGAAGGCGGAGUUCAAGGACAAGCUGUUCAACGAGUCGGACGACCAGUCCGCGCUCGUCUAUCUCCUCCUCAAGCACAAGGACCAGUGGGGCGACAAGAUCUUCCUGGAGAGCGACUACUACUUCGAGGGCUACUGGGUGGAGAUCGUGGGGCGGCUGGAGAACAUGACGGCCAAGUACGCGGCGGUGGAGCGGCAAGUGCAGGGGCUGCGCCGGCGGCACGCGGAGGUGGCGAACGGGGCGUACGGCAGGCUGCGGGACCGGCACCUGUCAGGGGAGGAUGGGGCGGUGAGCGGGCCCAACGGCUGGCGCCGGCCCUUCAUGACGCACUUCACGGGGUGUCAGCCCUGCAGCGGCGACCACAACAAGAUGUACAGCGGGGAGAGCUGCUGGGAGGGGAUGCAGCGGGCGCUGCACUUCGCCGACGACCAGGUGCUGCGCGACUACGGAUUCCGCCACGCCGAUCCCCUCAGCGGCGACGUCGAGCCGCUGCCUUUCGAUUACCCGUCCGCGGCGUGAAGGUUCGUCGCGACGGUGAUGUCUGGCGAACGCUUCCACAGUACAACAAAUAUAUUAUUUUCAGAAAAAAGAAGAAUAGUAGAAAUAUAAAAUAUAAAUAAACAG